AUGAUAUCAAUCAUGUCCAAGCAAAGGUUGCAGGGUAAGGUGGCUAUCGUCACUGGUGGAGCCACCGGAAUAGGAGCAGAGACGGUGAGGAUAUUCUUAGAAAACGGAGCAUCAGUGGUCAUGGCAGACGUCAAGGACGAACUAGGUCACAGCUUCGCAGCUUCAUUUAGCUCAGAGAAAGUGAGUUACCGCCACUGUGAUGUGAGAAACGAGAAGCACGUUGAGGAAACAGUAGCUUUCGCGGUGGAGAAAUAUGGGAGCUUAGACAUCAUGUUCAGCAACGCUGGCAUCGCGGGUCCUCUGUCAAGCAUUCUAGCCUUCGAUCUCAACAAAUUUGACAACACCAUAGCCGUGAAUCUUCGCGGUGCAGCAGCAUUCAUCAAGCACGCGGCGCGUGUCAUGGUGGCGAGGAAGACACGUGGAUCCAUAAUCUGCACGGCGAGCGUGGCUGGAUCGUUCGGCGGAUGCGCAGGUCAUGAUUACACGGCAUCCAAACAUGGCCUUAUUGGGCUUGUUCGGUCGACGUGUAGCGAGCUCGGAGGUUAUGGCAUACGAGUGAAUUCCAUUUCGCCUUAUGCAGUUGCCACGCCUCUUACCUGUGAAGCUUUGGAUAUGGAGGAUGGUGAAGUUGAAGCUGCAGGGCAUGCGUUAGCGAAUCUGCAUGGAAUUACGUUGAAGGGUUGUCAUAUUGCAGAAGUUGCUCUGUUUCUUGCUUCUGAAGAAUCGGCUUAUAUCAGUGGGCAUAACUUGGUCGUCGAUGGAGGUUUCUCCGUCGUUAAUCGAGGUCUUCCAUCUAUUAAAAAUUAA